AUGAAAAAUGUUUUGGUAAGAACAUGUAGCAAAAAUGAUCCUAGUAAAAUUAGUGAAAAUGAAAAAUUGGAACAUAUUUUAAAAAAAAAUCUAUGUUUAUCAAAAAAUUUGUUUCUAGGAAAUGAUAAUUUAACACCAUAUAAUUAUAAUAUACGUGUAUAUGACCCCAACAUUAAUGACAGGUUAAAAAUAAUAGAAAAUAAUGAUGAUAAUGAACUAAAAGAAUUAAAAGAAAUAUCAACCUUAGCUGUAUCCGAUGAAAAAAAAACAAAAAAUUAUGAAGAGAUGUAUAAAGAAAAUGAUAUAAAUGAAAGAAAAAAAAAUUUACGAGAAAAUGUUAUUAAAAAAUUAACAUCCAUUAAAAUGAAUAUUAAUAUGAGAGAGUUGGAUGAAUACUCUUCAGUAAAAAAAUUAUAUGUAUCAAAAAUUGAUAAAAAAGAUUUGCAAAAGAAAAAAGGAAAGGGGGGGGGGAAAAAAAAAAAAUCAAUUAUAAACAGCAUAAUAAAUGACACAAUGACAAAUGACAUUAUUAUACAGAAUUUUGAUAAUGCCAAUAUAAAAAUACCUAAUUUGUAUAGAAAUGAUGAUGAAAAAAGUAUUUUACCUACUGUAGAUCAAAAGAAAAGAGAGAUAAAUAAUAUAGUAAAUAAUGAGCCAAUUAUAAAUAAAUCAGACGAAAGUGUAUUAAGUAGUGAUAUAUUAAAAAAUAUAAAAACGUUAGAUAUCUAUAAAAAAAUUAAAAAGCCCAAAUGGCAUUUUCCUUAUAAAUUAUUUAGAGUAAUAUUAGGUCAUUCGGGAUGGGUAAAUUGUGUUGACGUUGAUGUAAGUAAUGAAUGGUUUGCAACUGGAGCGAAUGACAGAUUAAUUAAAAUUUGGGAUUUGGCUACAUGUAAAUUAAAAUUAACCUUAACAGGCCACAUUAAUAGUAUAAGGGAUAUAAAAAUUUCAAAAAGAAAUCCAUAUUUAUUUAGUUGCGGUGAAGAUAAUAGAGUAAAAUGCUGGGAUUUAGAAUAUAAUAAGGUAAUAAGAGAUUAUCAUGGACAUUUAUCAGGUGUAUAUUGUUUGUCUUUGCAUCCUUCGUUAGAUAUACUAAUGAGUGGAGGAAGAGACGCUGUUGUAAGAGUAUGGGAUAUUAGGACAAAAAGUUCUGUUUUUGUAUUAUCAGGUCAUACAGGUACAAUUAUGUCCUUGUGCUCCCAAUCAGUUGAACCCCAGAUUAUAUCAGGGUCUCAAGAUAAAAUGAUAAGAUUGUGGGACCUGAAUAAUGGAAAAUGCAGAAUAGCUUUAACACACCAUAAAAAAAGUAUAAGAUCAUUAUCUAUUCAUCCUUUUGAAUAUAGUUUUUGCAGUUGUGCAACAGAUAAUGUAAAAGUAUGGUGUGGAUCAGAUGCUGAAUUUGAUAGGAAUAUUACAGGGUUUAAUUCAAUUAUUAAUUGUAGUUUAAUUAAACAAGAUUCUUACUUUAGCGAUUCUUCUAUUUUAAUAUUGGGAAGUAAUAAUGGGCAAUUGCAUUUUUAUGAUUGGACAAGUGGCUAUAAAUAUGAUACAUUAACUAAUAAAGUAGUUCCUGGAACAGUUGAAUGUGAAAAUUCUACAUUGGCUAUGGCAUUUGAUAAAAGUGAAAGUAGAUUAAUAACAACUCAUGGAGAUAAAUCCAUUAAAAUUUGGAAGGAAAAUGAAGAUGCAACACCAGAAAAUUUUCCUAUAAGAUGGAACCCCUAUGAAAAUUAUAAAUUUUAG